GCCUUCUCGUCAAGUCUACUUUUUCUAGUGUUAAAUAAUUUAACCAAAAGAUUGGGUCAAUAUUGUUAUUUGUGCAAGAAUAUUAAUAUAAAUGUCUAUAUUUAAAAGGUAUAUCACUAAAACUGUAGUGGCUAUUGUAAAGAAGUAUACAAAAUUAGUGACAUAUUUGGAAAACAAAUGGGAAGGUAAACAUGCUUCAUCAUUUCAUAAUUAUAAAUUAUUUAAAAAUGGUGUCCACUCGACGUUGAUAGAUUUGGGUGACCUCAGUCAGUUAUGGAUAGAUAUUACUUGUCGUUCUCAGUCAAUUAUAGAAAUCCUACCGACUCUUAGUAGACAUCAGGUGUAUGUCCUACGUCAGGUGCCUAAAGAUUUGGUGAAGAUUUUGCCUGUUAUGCUUCUUGCUCCAUUACCAGGAACAAUACUAAUUUUACCAAUCUUUUUUGCUUUUCCUCGUAUUUUUCUGUCACGAGCAUUUUGGACACCAGAACAAUGUAAAUCUAUCGAUACAAAAUGUUUGAAAGAUCGAUUUGACUAUAAUACUCAAUCUUUAUUAAAGUCUAAGCUCUUGACAAUAAUUUAUUCGUCUCCAUGUUCUAUGAAUUAUACUCAACCUAUUUUAAAGUCUUUAAGAAAGUUAGCUAGUGCGUUAAGUCAGGUUUCAAUAUUAGAACCAAUUUCAAUCGAACAAAUUCGUGAUUUAGUACCUGCUUUCAAAGGUCCAUUAUCUUUAGAACAAUUGGAUACGAGUCAUUUAGCGGCUUUAUGUCGAUUACACGGUCUCUCUAUAUAUUCAUAUAUUUGGAUGAUGAAUACAUUAUUAUGGAGUGAUUUAUUCAAGAGAAAAUCCAUUCUAAAAACAUCUCGUAUACUUGUAUUAAAGAAACAUGCAUAUUUCUUAUAUGUUGAAGAUCAAUGUAUGCAAAAAGAUAAGUUAUUCAAUGAUAAUUAUUUAUCGAUUUUACAAAAUUCUGAAUUGAAACAACUUUGUUUACUACGAGGAAUUAAUCCGCACUUAUUAAAUCAUAAAGAUUUGGAGGAAAAAUUACAGUAUUGGAUUUCAGCAUCAACCGUUGCUUCAGUUUUUUGGGUGGUGUUUUUACUUGGCAAAUUUAUCUGGGAAAGGUGCUCAAUACUAGUAUACCUGCACCCUAAAUGUCUAUUGCCUCACUCUAUUAUAAAUGAUGAAGGAACUGGUGAGAAAAGUAAUAUGAAUAUAAAUUCUCAGCUUGAUUUCGCAUAUCUUACGUAAACUAACAUCGUUUGGUUGACAGAGAUAAUAUAAAACCAAAUACAAAUGAAGUUGAAAGAAUUGAUUUCCGACACUCUUUUAUGCAAACAGACAAUGAGUGAUGCAAAGUCAAAGAGAUGAUGGUAAAUAUAUCUACUCAAAAACAUAACUCAACAUUUAUAUGUAUAAUAGAUACGUGUAUACAUGUGAACACAUAUAUACAUUUAUCCAAAAGUUAGGAUCAUCCUUUUAGGCUUAGAACAAUACAACUUUACAUGAAAAUGUUUUUUUUUAAAAACUCAUUUUGGCAAUAUGUAACUUUAAUUACACUAAUAAUCAUGCAUGUUGAAUAAUUUUCACUAUUUUAUUUUUAACUAAAUUAUGCAUUUAUUUAUUCUUUGACUUUUUCUUUCUUCUUUUGUAUAGAAACGGAUUUCAGUUUUCGUUUACAUCUUCCCUUAUUAUUGUGUUCCAAUAAUAUUGAUAUUAAUAAUGAUAAUAGUAUUGAUAAAUAUUAAUUCACAGUUAGUAUACUAAACAGAUCAAUUGUAGAUCUUUUUAUAUUUUUAUAUGACUUAUUAUUAUUAAUAAAAUCAUAUUAUACCUAUUG